GUCGUGGAGCUGAUCUCGUCUCUCCUUCCCACCCGGCAGAAUGGCGGCCGCUCCAUCCCGUCCGUUUGAUUACCUUGAAGGCCUGCCGGGCACCGUCUUCUUCAAACUCUAUCAGCAGCCCUCGACCGCUCUCGCGAUCUUCCGGCGCAUGCUGCCUGAUUUGGCAAAAUGCUUUGUCAUGGCUCUUCUCUAUCUGAAGGAUCCCCUCCCUGCGGGGGAUCUUGAGGGUUGGGUCAAAUCCGGCAGUAUCAAGGAACGAGAUAAUGCGCUCUCGAUCUUAGGUCGUCUCCAUAUCCUGUCGAAUACCGUAACAUCCGACAAUGUGCGUGCCUAUAUGGUCACCAACCCGUUUUCGACCUCCCUUCGCCAGGCCCUGACCGGCGCGGAGCAAACCCAAUCAUUCGGGGUGCUGGCGCAGAUUCCCCCACAGUCGGCGGUGCCGAUCCCCGAGCUCGAUGAGUAUGCGCGACGGCAGUGGGAAGGCGUUCUGGGGUACAUGGUGGGGACGAGCGGGCUGGGAGCGCAGCGCGAGGCCGGUCUCAGCAAAGGCGUCAAGCAGCUGCUGCAAGCCGGUCACCUGGUGGAGGUCCGGGACCGUCGCGUGGAGAUCACGCAGGAUGGAUUCGCCUUCGUCUUACAAGAUGUCAGCACGCAAGUGUGGCACAUCCUCAUCCUCUACGUCGAGAGCGCCGAGGCCAUCGGCAUGGACAGCGUCGAAGUCCUGUCGUUCCUGUUUCUUCUCAGCAGCCUGGAGCUCGGGAAGUCCUACGAGAAGAGGAACCUGACCUCCAACCAGCUCCGCACCCUGACCGACCUCACCGACUUCGGGAUCGUCUACCAAGAUUCCACCGAAGCCACCCACUUCUACCCCACCCGCCUGGCAACCACCCUAACUUCCGACUCCAGCACCCUCAGCAACCCCAUCGCAGGCUCCCUGACCGGGCCCACCGGCACAUCGUCAGGCGGGAGCAAGGCCGGAACAGGAUUCAUCAUCAUCGAGACCAACUACCGCCUCUACGCAUACACCUCGUCCCCGCUCCAAAUCUCCCUCAUCGCCCUCUUCACCACCCUCAAAUACCGCUUCCCCAACCUCCUCACCGGCAAAAUCACCCGCCAGUCCAUCCGCCGCGCCAUCGAAAUGGGCAUCACCGCCGACCAGAUCAUCUCCUACCUCUCCACCCACGCCCACCCGCAAAUGCGCAAACACAACGCCUCCCGCGCCACCUCCAACCAAGCCGGCAUCCCCUCCGUCCUGCCCCCGACAGUCGUCGACCAGAUCCGCCUCUGGCAGCUCGAGCGCGAUCGCGUCAAAGCCACCCCGGGCUUCCUCUUCAAGGACUUUGUCAGCUUGACCGAGUACGAGGCUCCUUGUCGCUACGCCGAGGAGAUUGGCGUCUUAGUGUGGAAAUCCCACAAGAAGCGCAUGUUCUUCGUCACUCGCCACGAGCAGGUUGCUGCGUUUUUGCGUAGUCGGAAGUGAUUUCUACUCUUGAGGAGAGUGGUUCUACGUUAUUACCUGAUCUGAUUUGAUCUGAUCUGAUCGGCUAAGCGGAUUACCCCGGUCUUGGGGAUUUGUAGCAUAAAAACUGAAACAGCCCGGCGUUAAGGAGGUUUUUUAUUUCACGUUCUGUCCAGUUCGCAUAAGACGUCGCAUUUCUCU